ACCACCACCACCGUCAUCAGGAGAUCUCCCGGACGCGUCGUCAGCCGGGUGGAUUCACUGAAGAAACCUGGAUAGAGUACCGCAACGUAUCGUUCUCUGAGAACGGCGUCGCCUCUCGUUCUGCGUAUUCAAACCCGGUCUCUUUUUGAUUGGCGGAACAAGAUGGCGUCCCAGAUCGUGGUGUCCGCAACACCGACCAAAUCUGAGCUCUUACAGCUCCCGGUGACAAUCAUCGGACAAUCGAAGAACCUCGCGAAACUAUCCUUCGAGGCAGUCUCUUGCAAGUUGUCGCCGCAAGUCACGCCGGAACAUUUUAAGAACGCUCUCGACGUUUUCGCUUCCGACGGAAGCGUAAAUACCGUUCCUCUCUAUCUGCACCUGGCGUCGAUAGUCCAAUUGCCGAGCAAAUGCUCGCGUCACAACACUCCAACUCAAGCCCACGCUCUCAGCAAGGCGGUCUCGAGGAGCAAUCUCAGCAGCGACGAAGCUUUUGUGAUCGUUUGCGAGAAACAAGAUGCGUUCGCGAGUGCCUGCGCAGUGGCUCGAUGUUUCCCCCUAUACAACAAAAAGUCUGGUGAUUCGGCCGACGGUGAGAAACUGCCGAAAGCUGAUCGCAAGAUCCAUCUGGAAUUCGUUCUCACUGAUGGAUCUAGUAUUUGCGACGAGGAUCUUGUCGCCUUCAACGCAGCAAUCGAGAGCGUCAGACUCGCUGCGAGGAUCGUGGACACACCGUGUGAAGAGAUGAAUGUCUGCGCUUUCCUUAGGGAGAUCGAAGCUGUCGGAGCUUCCCUCAACAUAAAGCCGAACAUUAUCCGUGGGGAAGAAUUGCUCAAGAGGGGCAUCGGAGGAAUUUGGAGCGUUGGCAGAGCCGCUACCUCGCUCCCGGCUCUGGCCGUGCUCUCCCACACCCCAGAGGGUGCGACCCAAACCGUCGCUUGGGUAGGCAAGGGCAUCGUAUACGACACCGGAGGCUUGUCCCUGAAAGCUCGAACGAACAUGAUCGGCAUGAAGAGGGAUUGCGGCGGAGCUGCUGGAAUCCUGGGAGCCUUCAAGACCGCCGUCACAUGCGGCUUCAAGCAGAAUCUCCACGCCGUCUUCUGCUUGGCAGAAAAUGCCAUCGGACCUUUGGCUAUCCGUCCCGACGAUGUCAUUCGGAUGUACUCAGGCAAAUCGGUCGAAGUGAACAAUACCGAUGCUGAAGGACGAUUGGUUCUGGCGGACGGUGUGGUUUUCGCGAGCAGGGACUUGGGCGCGAAGACCAUCCUGGACAUGGCCACCCUGACGGGAGCUCAGGGGAUCGGCACGGGGAAAUAUCACGCGGCUAUCGUGACCAAUUCCGGGAAAUGGGAGGACGCGUCUGCUGUGGCGGGACGGCUCAGUGGUGACCUCACCUUCCCCUGUCCGUAUUCCCCGGAAUUGCACUUCAAGGAGUUCUCGUCGUCCAUCGCUGACAUGAAGAACUCUGUCGCUGACCGAGGAAACGCUCAGAUUUCCUGCGCCGCUCUCUUCAUCCAAAGCCAUCUCGGUUUCGACUUCGAUGGGGACUGGAUUCAUGUUGACAUGGCAUAUCCUGUCGCUAGCAACGAGAGAGCGACUGGCUACGGAGUAGCUUUAUUGACUUCGCUGUUCGCCGAACAUUCGACCAACUCUUGCGUGAGAGCCUUGUCGCCUUUCAAUGCUGAGGAAAACGACAAGAAAAGGGCGAAAACGAACUGAAGACAACUGGAGGAUUCCGAUCUCAUUGAUCAGAAUGUGGACAUCUAUAUUCUACGUCCAAAUCGCAUAGUCCGGGGAAUAUUUACUUAGAACCACGACCCUGUCUCAUUUCAGCUACAGGGAGGGUAGUCCCUAUUUUGAAUGGUCAAUUUUGCUACCAUCUACAUAUUUCCGUAUUAUCGGAGUAAAUAAAGCUUAUAC